UAAGACAUGCAGCAGCAGAAUAAGACAGAAAAACCUGCAUUUGUAUUUUAUUCUUUGAAGAAAGUCAAACUGUAGAGGAUGAGAUGACUCCGUGGCAAGUUCUUCGUUCAGGCAGAGCUUCCCAGGUGGCUCUGGGUUACCGUUUUCAUCAUGGACCCGGGGUCUCGGUGCAUUACAGCACAGCUGCUGCAGCUCAUGCAGCUCAUGCAGCUGCAGACAGCAGCAGGAGCUUCUGUUUGUCCAGAGAGAAACUCACCCUGCAGCAGCUGAACGGGAGGCUGGCGUCGUACCUGCAGCAGGUUCAGUGUCUUGAAGCAGCCAAUCAGAGGCUGGAGCGUCAGAUCCAGGAGGAGCUGGACAGAAAGUGUCCCAGAGACCUGAGAGAGCUGGACGGACACCUGAGGACAGUGUCCCUGCUGCAGGACCAGAUCAAUGACUGUCUCUCGGCCCAGGCUCAGGUGAAGCUGCUGCUGCUCGGUGCAGAGCUCACCAUCUUUGACUUCAACACCAGGUGUGAAAAGGAGCGUGAGCAUCGUGGCCGCCUGGAGGCGGAGCUCAGCAACCUGAGGCUGCUGGAGGAGGAGCUAAGGGUCCACAAACUGCCGGAGCUGCAGAGUCUGCUGAGGGAUCAAACAGGACAGCUGAUGGAGCUGCAGAGACAACACCAACAGGAUCGGCAGGGUCUCCUGGCCCAGGUGUCAGGGGCCGUCACUGUAGAGAUGCAGAGAGCUGAAUCAUCAGACCUGAUCCAGCAGCUGGACGACCUGAGACAGGCAAGCGUGAUGGUGCUCGACAAGAACCAGAACGAGCACUGGUUCAACUCCCAGGUGUCUGUGUUGGGUUCUCCGGAGGUGACCUUUGACCCUGCAGAAGUCGUCCAGGCCGAGCUGGUGGAGCUGAGGAGAACAGCAGCCGGUCUGGAGGAAGAGCUGACACAGCUGCAGACCCUGAACAUCCUGUUGGAGGACUCUGGUCAGGAGCAGGCUGAGUCCUUCGUCCUGCAGCUGGUGGUCCUGCAGCAGAGAGCAGACGGUCUGUGCAGAGACUUGGACUCAGCACUACAGGCUGCAGCUCAACAGGCUGCAGACCAUCACGUCCUGCUGGACAUCAAGAACAAGCUGGAGACUGAGAUACUAGACUACAAGAGGCUGCUGGACGGACUGAGUCGAGAGGGGUACGAAGACCUUUUCAGUGUUUGA